UAAAACAAAAUGACAGUGCUUUCGAGUUGACACUAUAAGUUGGUAGCGCAAAAGUAACGAUUGACAAAUCUCCACUUGUCAACUUGUCAACUCGUCAGCUGUGGAGUGUAGAUUGUCAACGCUAUAACGUGCAUUCACGUGUGACGUGGUACCCGGUUUAUUUUAAGUCUCCGGUGAUGUUGAAGCUAUAAUUUGUUCAACCUUCGUAACAAAAACAAAUGGAAAACAUAAUAAAGGACUUUGCUGACAAUUGCUGGAAAGAUUGUUUCGACGAAUUUAAAGAUGCUGCUGUAUAUUUGGAUGAUGGUGCAGCAGAGUGUCUACACUGGUAUACGGGUGAUAGAACUAUUAGCGAACUGAGCCAUGCUGGAGCAAUUGCUGUUCGUGAAUUAUCAACAAGUAGUUCUCCGGAUGUCGCAGUUGAUGGAGCAUGGAAAGCUACUUUUAUAUAUAGCUCCAUCGAUCCAGAGUUUUAUCGACAUACGUUAGAAACCAUCAUUAGUAUGAAUAGAUUUGAAGUAUGCACUGUCAUAUGUGCCGCUCAUAGCAGUGUCUUGAAAUAUAGAUCCAAUUAUGAGACUGAACCUACAGACAGUUAUGAUAUCUUGAAGCUUGAUAUAACCAGAUGGAUUUUAUUAAGAUUAGGAAAAGAAUUGAAGGAUCCAAUUGUUCAGAUUAUAUUCCGCCCAAUUUUUACAGCGUUGAUUAAUGAAAAUGUCUUCGUGACUCCUCCAUUUUGGGGACUAAUGCCACCGCUCAAUAAAGAAGAAUUGAACCAUUACUUUGAAGCACAGGUUGAUUAUUUUGUAAGCUCGAUGCACAGCAUGUUCACGAAUUUCAACAUGAAAGAAGAUAUUUAUUUCAUUGGUAAUUUGGCUGAAAAUGUUGCGGACAAAUUGGAAAAGUUGCCUGAGGCUAUUGAAAGAAGAAAGCGUCUAACACGCACAGCUGGAAUAUCUCUGAUUAUCGUUGAUAGAACGCUGGACCUUUGUACAGCUUCGAGUCAUAAUACCGAAUCACUGCUGGGUAAAAUAUUGAGUACACUCUCACAUCUACCUGGGCAUCACAAUGACAUCGCAGUUAGUAUGACAACGCUUUGCCCAGAUGAAGAUACUAUUAGCGAACACCAUUCAACAUACUGCGCACCAGGCUGUUUAGCCAGUAGUGACACAAGUAUGAUGAAUCUAUUGAUAACAAAUAAGCAAAAAGAUGUCUUAAUGAGUUUACAUAAAUUAUUGUCGGAAAUAAUAAUUGCCAAGGAGAGUCCAAGAACGAGAAUUUCUACUAGGAUAUCGGUGCAUAGUUUGGAAAAACUUGUACACAAAUUGAGAGAUUCCAAUAAUUUACAACUGACGAUGCAGUCAAGCAAAAAGUUUCAGCUGAUAAUAGCUGUCAUUCAAGCCCUAAAAUCGAAUAAAACAGCUCAAAUUGAAUUGAUGAUCAGUUUAGAGAAACUAAUACUACAAAAUUUGGCAGUAAGCAGGGACUCAUCAAGCAUUCUUGCUCAGUUGAGCGGCAUAAUAAAAACUCGCAGUACCAGAGGCUUGAGUGUAGAAAAUUUGCUUGGAUUGUUAGUAUAUAUAUACGCUCUGGCUGGGACAGAAAUACGUUUGCCCGAGCAGCAAGAAAUACAGCUGAAAAAUGAAUUGAGUGAAGCAAUAUACGACGAUGCUAAGAGCUACGAAAAUCUUAUCUCUGGUUUCAAUACAUUCCCAGACAGUCAGUCAUCAAAAUUGUUCGGUAAUGGAGAAAUAUCAAAAGAAAGAUCAGUACAAAUUGCUUCAGCUAUCGAGGAAAAUCUUCAUAAAAUUGCGGGGAUGCGAAAAUCUUUGCAAAAAUAUAGGUCGUUAAUGCUCAAACCGAGUCCACAAGAGAUGGCUCAAUGUGUAGGCAUACUACAACAACUGCUAAUUGAUUUACUGGAUCCAAGUAAGCCUGAAAUUCCAGAUCUCCAAUGUAAAACGUUCUCCCGCAUUACUGCUGGGUUCAAUUUACUUCUGAAAGGUCGAACGAAGCAACACCCUAUGGACAACGACUGUGUAAUUAUUUACAUUCUUGGGGGGAUCACAGCUGAAGAAAUCAAAAUUGUUCAUGAUCUGUUAUCAUCUCAAAGAUCCCAUCAACGGGUGAUACUAGCUGGUUCUAGGCUAUUGAGACCAUUUGAUGUAACUAACGAUAUACUUUUGAAUAAUAUCAAUACAUAACAAUUCCAAGCAAUAAUACACUAUGUCAAA